AUGAAUAGGGAGAAGCCCAACGAGGGGAGAAAGAACGUGGGGGCGAUUCUGCACAGAUACUAUGGGCUAGAUGGGCGGAGUAGAAAUGGGGACCAGGAGGAGGGAGAAUCACGCAUGAAGUGGAAUUCCCCAAAGAGAAGUAACGAAAUAUGCACGGAAGAACCCAUAGAUGUAAGCGAUUCAGAAGAGCUGAACCAGAAAAGCACCGACUUUAACGUAAGUGAGUACUUUAAAAAGAUCCUACAAAAGGCAACCCUAAAGGAUCUGAUACAAAAAGCAAAAAACAUAGAGAAGGAAAUAAAACAAAAGGAUAACUUCAUGCAGUCAGUAGUGUAUGAAAAUUACAACAAAUUUAUUAAAGCAGCAGAUACGAUCGUAAAUCUGAAGAGAAAUUUUAAAAAUGUUAAGGACAAAAUAGGAGACAUAAAUGAGCAACUGAAUUCUAUAGAUAACAACUCUCAUUUGAUGAACAACAACAUUGGGAAAAACUACAAAAAAAUUAAAAGCUUGCUUCAGAUAAAGGAGCUACUAAAUGGGGUCCAUAGCAUUAUGAGUAUCCCGAGGAGGAUGUUUGAUCUCAUCAUUUUAGGGGACUACACCCAGUCGUUACAACUCUUUAUGGAGGCUGUUCCUUUUUUUUACGAUAAUAGAGACAUGCGCAUAUUUCGGGACUUAUAUUUAGACAGCGAAAAUAUGGCCAGCAUCGCUUGUUACUAUUAUGAGGAGCAACUCCGCAAGGGUAUCUCCUCCAAUCUAAGUGAGAACAACAAGCAUGGGGAGAAGCCCACCCACCUAGAUGGGACCUCCGCGGAAGACUUUUUCAAUCACCUCUGUGAGCAAGUCAUCCCAAACGAAGAAAUAACUUCAUCCCUCUACCUUAUUUUGGCCUAUGGUAAAGACAGAAAGGACGUGAGAAAUGUGUUCCUAUGGAAUAGACUUACAACGAUGAAGUACCUACUCCGUGAAAUUUGCAAUUGGGGGAGUUACAUCCAAGGGGGGACCAUCAAAGAUGAAGAGGAUGAUGAUCAGUCUGCGAAGGAAAAGGAUCACGCAAGUCACACCCGUGAGAGUAUCCCCCACGACGAAGGACAUAACAGGAUGUUCAAAACGGUGUUAGAGUUGGCCUACACGCAGUGGCUACAUUUUUUCUUCACCAUGAUACGGAGCUAUGAGCAGCUAUUUUUGCAGGAUUUUUAUUGUGCGUGUGAAGAGACGGGAGCGCAGAAAAGUGGAAGAAUGGAAGCUCUUGGUGGAAUUCCUCGGUUGAGGGACUUGAUGAGGAAGUUACGUCUGGUCACCGUUGACGUGAGGAGCAAUGCGGGGACGCUUCCCACCAUCCCUUCCACUCGCGAAGGGUGCGCAGGAACAACCACUCAUGGUGGCAACGCACCAAACAGAGGAAGCUUCACCCCGAUGAAUUGGAAGGAGGAUCACCUAGAAGGUAUACUGAAGACGGAUGACGACUGGGAGGUGGUCGAAUUGCUGAUGAAGAUUUUCUUCAAGCUUUUGGAGGACUUAACGGUCGACCUCAUAUACAUGUUCAACCCCCCGGUGAAACUCAUCGCGCGGUGCGUGGGGGUACUGCAGGAGGAGGUGCGUGAAGCGGUGAGCAAGGCAGAUAAUCGAUCCGUGAACCUUAGUAAUAUUCACCCCAGAAGCAGUAACAUUAAUAACAAGGGAAGCGUCUUCCCCCUCAUGGACGAGUUUCUCAAGAGAAUCAACUCCGAACUGUUAAGAUUUCAUGUGUACCGCUUGUGCCUCCAGAACGACCGCAGUCUCAUGAACUUCUUCUACCUGUGCAAGGAGAAGGAAGCUAGUUAUAUUUUGGAAAACAAGCCAGAGCUCAGUCACCACAUUCUGUUAAGCCUUUGUCUUGUCCUCAUCGACUUGGAGGCCUUCCACAAAGAGAUACCCCUAAAGGGCACCGAUUUUUAUUUCAAAAAUUUGAUUAAUUUUGUGACCAUUUAUUUUGUCUUCCUGAUGAGGUUUGUGGACUCCUUUAUCAAGUACUUCGUGUGCGUCUGUGAAGGUGCCGCGGAUGGUGGCUCCCCCUAUGGGGGGGAUCCCCCCGUUGAGAAGGAGCAAAUCUUCCAGUGCAGAAACAUAUACCCUCCACAGCGAACGCAGUUGAGGAAGAAAAAAAAAAAAAAAAAAAAAAGCACUUGGAAAUGCACAGCCAAGUGGAUAUACCAAAGCAUCACAUUUGACGGUGGUGAGUUCCAAAACGUCUUGGUAGAGAAGAAGAAGUUGAUGAAGAUGGACUUUGACAAGUUCAUAGAAAGCAUAAUAAAGGAGCACAAAUUCGAGGCAGCGAAAAAAAGCGAAAUAAAUUUUCUGUUUACCCUAGUGGGAAUUUUGGACAACAUGAAAAAUGAAGGAGUGUUAAAAGUGUUCACUGUAAUUGUGGACAUGUAUAAAGAAGCACAUACGCUGGUGAAUGAGCGAAAUAAAAUUAGCCUUCGCUGCACUUUUGAGGAUCUCAUAUAUAAGGAUUCGUAUCCUUUUUGCAAAAUGAGGGAAGAUCCAGCUGAUGCUCACACCGAUGAAGAAACUCACUCGAAGGGGCAGCCAUCCAUCAGAAAGAGGUAUCUGAAUCGAGGUGGAGACGACGCUCACUGCACGUUCGAAGGGGAGGAUGUGCUGGAUGGGCAUGAUGAUCACCCGAGGGGGUUGGAACAUUUGACCACGCAGGAGGAUGCAGAAACGGAUGAGGAAGGAAAGUUCCACUCGGUGUUCAUUCGCCAGGAGGAGGAGGUAAAAAAAGACAAAAUGAAGAGUCAUGACAUUGACUCGGGGCACUCUGGUGAGCAGAAUAACGCGAAGGAUGGUGACCAUCUUCUCCUUCUCAAAAGGAGCGCGAGCUUCAUGGCUAGCGAGGAGGUUGCACCUGGUGAAGCUGCGCACGCUGCCAUUUCGGCCCAUAAAUGUGGAAAAGUCGAAUGGGGAAAGGAAACCAAGUUAGUGGCCGAAGGGGGUGUCACGAAAGGAGACACCCUCUCAGGGGAAAACCCCUCGGAAGAGACCAAAUCGGACGAAAUUCACUCCGAUGAAGACUAUGAAGACAACCCAGAUAAUGCAAACAAGUACGUCGUCGGAAUUCGCAACUUUGUAAAAUUUAAAUUCCUCGAAAAAAGAAACGAGUUAAUGAAUGCCUUCGUUUCGUACUACUUAAAUAAAAUGUCGAGAAGUGUAAAGGAAUUCAUCCAAACGGAGAAAUGGACUGAAGAGAAGAAGACCGAAUUAGUGAGCACAAAUUUUAUAUACCUCUUGAACAACAUUAUCGCAGUUUAUUCGUACCUGGCGUCCUUCCUGGAGAGCAAGGCGACUGGUACCGCCACUACUGGAGCUGAUUCUGCUACUGGUCAGACGGACCAUUUUAACGACGUGAUGGGUAAAAUAGGGGAAGCGCUGGAGCGGGUGUGCAAGGAGUACGCAAAGGGGAAGAGAGGAAGGACCUCUUCGGAGAUGCAGACACGUGGAGAUAGUCAUGACGGGGGCGAAAGCUACCCUGGGGAGAGCCGUAGCGACCUAAUCAACAACGAGCAGAAAGAAUCCCACGAUGAGAAAAACCUAGAAAUGUACAUGUACAAAUUAUACAUGUGCAAAAUGAAGAACUACAAAAGAAAUUUACACUUGGAAAAGAAAAAAAUUAUUCUCGUGAUAAUCAAAAUUUUGUUUAAGAAUUACAGUGAAUAUGUGCGCGACUUCCAUUUUAAUGAAUACGGAUUUGAAAAAUUAAGAGUGGAUUUUUUUUUCUUCUUUCACUGUCUGAAGGUUUUUGUUCCCAUGGAUGAUGAGCAUGUGCUGUUCGUCAUUCUGAAUGAAGUGUUAAUCAGUGCAUAUGAGCGCUCGACGAAGUUCACCCCGUCCAGUGCAGGGGUGAAUACCCUAUAUCAGGCCUACUUACUGAAGGAAGUUGACUGUGAUAUGAAGGCGAAUGGGGAUUUUAUAAUGAGCAGUUUGAGGAGGGUAUAG